AUGCUACCCCUAACUCGAAUUUUCUGGAACAGAUCUUGGCAUAGCUACAACACGGCAUUGGAGGAGUGCGAUCAUUGUGAAAUAAUCUUUACAAUCUACAACUGCGGCUGUGUCCGAAUGACUCUCCCUGAUUUCGACAACGAUCCCCUCAGCAAAUCAUGCAGAAUUUAUCCUAUUUCCGACGACCCCUCCAAACCCGAACCCAAACCAACCACAAGACCCAAAAUUUUCUACAAGCAAAAAAAGCAUGGCUGUGAAAGAGUCGUCAUUAGAGACCGUAAAGAUAAAUGCCUAUGGAAUGGGAAAGAAGAAAAACAAUGUCCAGAUUGCGAAGACUGUGCUUAUUUCUACAAGAAAUGUACUCAUAUAAAAAUGGGCCCUAGGCAAAAAUGUCGGGAGGAAGCGGAUCUUUAUGCUCAAAGAAACCCGCGGAAACAUAUGCCACAUAUUGUUCGUCGUGAUAGGGACGAAUUCUGCAGUGAAGAAUGUGCAGAUACACAAGCAGUUCUUGAUGAGGAACAACGAAUUUUGGAAAAGAACGCCCGAAGAAGAAGUGAGAACGAGGCUCGGGAAAAGGAAGAAGCUAAACGACAUCUUAAGUUUGUAGAAAAUCACGAGCGAAAUAAAAGGGCCCAAAGACCCCAAAGUGAUAUACCAUCCACUUAUGGUAGAGUUUCGUCAUCAUCGACUUCCUCGAGAUCGUCAAAUAAUCCAUAUCGCCAUUAUACUGAUGCUCAGCUUGCGGAAAUCGCGCGAAAUACCACUCGGACGUACAGAAAAUAG